AUGUCCAAGCCUUCGGAUCACAUCAAGCGCCCCAUGAACGCUUUCAUGGUUUGGUCCCGAGGACAGCGUCGGAAGAUGGCCCAGGAGAACCCUAAAAUGCACAACUCGGAGAUUAGUAAGCGCCUCGGGGCCGAGUGGAAGCUGUUGUCCGAGGCCGAGAAACGUCCUUACAUAGACGAAGCCAAGAGGCUGCGCGCCCAGCACAUGAAGGAGCAUCCCGACUACAAGUAUCGGCCCCGCCGCAAGCCUAAGAACUUGCUCAAGAAGGACAGGUAUGUCUUCCCUUUGCCUUACCUCGGGGAUACCGACCCACUCAAGGCGGCAGGGCUCCCCGUGGCAGCCACGGACUCUCUGCUCAGCUCCCCGGAGAAGGCGAGGGCCUUCCUGCCCCCCACCUCCGCACCUUACUCUUUACUUGACCCCAGCCAGUUCAGCUCCAGCGCCAUCCAGAAGAUGACCGAGGUGCCCCACACCUUAGCUACCAGCACUCUGCCCUACGCCUCAACCUUGGGAUACCAGAAUGGGGCCUUUGGCACCUUGAGUUGCCCGAGCCAGCACACCCACACUCACCCGUCGCCAACCAACCCGGGCUAUGUGGUGCCUUGUAACUGUACGGCUUGGUCUGCGUCCAGUUUGCAGCCUCCUGUUGCCUACAUACUAUUCCCGGGCAUGACCAAGACUGGAAUAGACCCCUAUUCUUCAGCGCACGCUACAGCCAUGUAA